AUGGCGUCGGCGCGCGGACUGAGCGCGCUGGAGGAACGAUUCGUCGACGUCUUCAGAGAGGCGAGCGCGAGCGCGGUGAACGUGGUGGAUCUGACGAUUCUAAACGCCAGUGGAACGCAGAGUGCGUUCGCGGGAUCGAUCGUGGCGGAAGGGAACGGUACGGGGGUGGUUUGGGACGAUGAAGGGCACGUCGUGAGUAACUAUCACGUGAUUAGUUCCGUGUUGGCGACGAUACCGAAGGGAAGGAAGACGAGCUCGGUGGCGCAGGUGACGAUUCAGGCGAAGGAUGGGAGCAACCGAACGUUUCCGGCGGCGCUCGUUGGGGCGUCAAAGGAGAAGGAUUUGGUCGUGCUCAAGGUGGACGCGCCGAGGGACCUGUUGCGUCCCGUGAAGAGGGCGUCGGAGGAAGUGCGCGUCGGGAGCGCGGUGCUGGCGAUAGGGAACCCGUUCGGGUUCGAUCACACCUUAACCACGGGCGUGGUCAGUGGGUUGAAUAGAACGAUACAAUCCCAAGUCGGUUCGCUCAUCACGGGCGCGAUCCAAACGGACGCCGCUAUUAAUCCGGGGAACUCUGGCGGGCCUCUGCUCAACUCCAGCGGGCAGCUCAUCGGCAUUAACACCGCUAUUUUCACUCCAAACGGUUCGUCCGCGGGCGUCGGUUUCGCGAUCCCGAUCGACAUCGUCAACAAUGUUGUUCCACAGCUCAUCAAGAACGGUGAGGCCGUUUUCCCGAGCUUAGAAAUCAAGUUUGGCGACAUCUCGAUGCUGCGGGAUCUGCAGCUCCCAGUCGGCUCGGGCGCGUUGGUGCAAGGCUUCACGAACAACGACUCCCCGGCCGCAAAGGCUGGGAUCCUGGCCACUCGACGCGCACUCGCCGGUCUCGUUCCGGGCGAUUGCAUCAUCGAGGUCGACGGCCAACCGUGCGCCGUCGCCGCCGACGUCAUCCGCGCCGUCGAGCGCCGCGCCGUCGGCGACGUCGUCGACGUCGUCGUCCUCCGACGCGAGCGCGCGGGCGACGAGCGCCCGAAGCGCCAAACGUUCAACGUCACACUCGUUCACGCGCGCGAGUGA